CGUCGAUUUUCCCACAUCCACCCACACACACAUAUCCACAUCCACACGGACGUCCAGUUGCCAGUCACCCACCCACAGUCAUGGUAGGCAAGAGCAAAAAAGCGGCCUGAGACCUUUGACCACCGCCGCCGCCGGAACUGAUGAGCGGAGCCGCUCCUCGCCUACACCACACAUGUCAUGUCCACAAGCUGCCUGUCGUUAAGAUUGCCGACCCAGCAGCAGCGAGCACUUGCAGCACCAGCACCAGCACCAGCCGGCGGACAAGGGCUUUCCACCUGACCGGGGCGGACCCCGGCAGCGAGAUCCGCCCCAUCCAUCAUCCCAGCCUGGCUCAAUGCGGGCGAACGGGCGGGCGAGAGAGAAAGAGAAGAGCGAGAGAGUGUGUGUGAGAGAGAGAGACUUUCUUCGCCUUGUCAACCCUUCAACUUUCCUUUGUCGUGGGUCCUCGUUUGCUUUUUGGGAGACCCCCAAGACGCUGAACCCUCGCAGCAGCGCCCGCACAAGGGUGGUGGUUUCUUGGUGAUGUACCAUGGGGAUCGACAGAAACUCAGAAACCUGGGCGACACCUUCUGUUCACCCCUCGAGACCUUGUUCACCGAGAGAGCCCGCCGCCGCCGCCGCCCGUUACUAGUUACCCCGACCUUUGCGGGCAAACGUCUGUUCGCAAGACCCAAGGCAAGGGUGGCGUUGGCGCUCGCACGCGUGUGAACAAAGUCCCUGGUUGACUCGAUCUCGUUUCUCCUCUUCCUACUACUACGACUUACUAGUAGUCGAUCCGGCGCGCGCCGUUGCGGCAAAAGGAGCAAGAGACCCUGUCCACCCUCGAUCUCGAUAAAUUAUUUAUGAGACGCGCGGGCCCUCGCUCCUCCCGUUCCUCUCGAUCGGACCCCCGCCUCUUCCUGGUGUCUCUUCUCUGUCCAACGUCCGUCGCGAUCUUCCUGCUCGGUUCGUCGACGGCACAGCCGAGCGAGUACCCCCGACUUGCCUAGGGACCUCGUGACGACCUCAACAUCGUCACAACACGUCUCGACGCAGCCUUUCGAGCCAGUCCUCUCCUUUCCUCACGGCCCACUGUAGCCUUUCUUUUUCAAUUUUCACGGCUCCGGGUCAUAUCAACCGUUCAACGUUCUUUUUGACCUCCACCCCGCUUCCUACAUAUCGACUUUUUCAUCCGUUUAACCCAUCGUCCGCCAUCAUGGGUUCGGAACUCGGCAACACGCCUGACACGAAGCCCGAGGUUCGCCUCGAUGGCGUCGGCAUCUUCUAUAUCGUCUUCGCCGUCGUAUGGACGCUCCUACUCUUCAGUGGCAUGGUCUUCCUUUGGAUGCGCCGGGACAUGCCUAUCCUUCGCAUCCGCGGACUGGGUCUGUCGUUUGCGUCCGUGUGCCUGCUCCACGGGUACUGGCUGGCCGUCUCGCUCGCGUAUGUAUACGGCCCUCUUAUGCCCGAGGUGGCCGAGUACUGGGUCAUGGGCGUCUGGCUGCCCUUUGGCAUUGCCCUCUUCCAGGCCUCCAACAGCCGCUUCCUCUACGUCGCCAACGCGCAGAAGAAGUAUGUCAAGAAGACAGUCGAUGUUGGGUGGAACGGCGAGCGGCCGCGGAUUCGCAAAACUCUCGUCGCCCGCUGGAAGAUGCUCGACUAUAGUUUCAAGAUGCUCUUCCUCGUCGGCCUCGGCAUGGCCUUUCAGCUUUUCCUCACCGUCUUCAUGUUCCUCGUCUCGCGCAAGUUCCACCCGUCCUUUGGCAUCGCCGGCACCGAGGUUACCGGCACGCCCAUGGAACAGAAGACGGCUCAGGGCCGCGGUUGGGAAUGGUGGCCGUCCGUCUUCUGGCAGCUCUUCUGGGCCUGGAUCGUUGCGCCCAUCAUCCUCUGGAGAUCCCGGGGCCUCCGUGACACUCAGGGGUGGCGCACACAGACCAUUGCCUGCUGCGUUUCUGGAUUGCAUGCUGCGCCGAUGUGGCUGAUUGCUCUCUAUGUACCUGGCAUGGCACCAGUUAACCAGUACUUUAUCCCUCCCAUGUGGAUCGUUUUGUCCAUCACGUUUUUGGAAUUCUUCACCGUCUUCCUGCCAUGCUGGGAGGUCCGCAAGCAGAGGGUCCUCUGCCAGGAGACGCUCGACUCGAUCGCGCGAUGGGAGUCUCGCCAGAAGUGCGCUCCGGCUGGCGCCGCCAAGUCGGUCCACUCGGGCAGCACCGCGGCGUCUUCAUGGGCGGGCCGGACCAAGGCCGUCUCCAUCAGCAGCUCGGGCGGCAGUAUCCUCACCAUGGAUGCCCUGGAGCACACGCUUGCCAAGAACCCCGAGCCCCUGCAGCACUUUUCUGCGCUGCGCGACUUCUCUGGCGAGAACAUUGCCUUCCUGACGCGCGUCCGCGAGUGGCGGGCGACGUAUUUGGUGCUCGGCAAGGAGAAGACGGAGAGCGAGAAGGACUCGACCACGACGGCUACACCCAAGCUUUCACGCGAGUGCUACGAGAGCGCGCUGCGCAUCUACAUGGACUUUAUCAGCAACAACAGUGCCGAGUUCCAGGUCAACUUGUCGUCGGCCGACUUCAAGAACCUCCAGGCCGUCUUCGAGCCCGCGGCGCGCGCCAUCUACGGCGAAAAGGGGUCGCCGGAUCCCGCCACGCCCUUUGACGACACGCCGCGCCACAAUGACACGGCCGAGCUGAUCCGCUACUGGGGCGAAAUCCCCGAGGGCUUUGGCGACGGCGUGUUUGACGACGCGGAGAUGAGCAUCAAGUAUCUGGUUCUCACCAAUACGUGGCCCAAGUUCAUCAAGGAGAGGCGGUCAUUUGAUGCGUCAAGCAGCGUGGAAUCUGGGAGGCAGUGAGUGAUAUGGGAAAGACAUCCAAUGAUGCGGUUGAUUUACGGCGCGAAAUGGGAAACAUGACCAACGCCCACUGUAUGUUAUCCAAGGAUACAACAACACGAGGGAUUUCUGUUAAAAAAAAUCUUGUGCCGCGCUGUCGCAUCCAAGUUGAGGACAGCCCAUAGCCUCACUCCAUGUCAACUCGUCGUCUCAUCCGUUCGGACACGCCCUUGGCGUGAAAUCUUCCAUUCUCCGUCCUCUUUCUUUCUUCUUCUUCGUCAUUCCUUCGCUAGCGUUGUGUCCUCAUCGGGGACCCCGGGGUUCAUGUUGGUAGUAAGCCAAGGCGGCCUUGAGUAACCAUUCGUUGUACAAUUUUUUCUCUCUCUCAACCGGAAAGAAAAUAGAAAC